AUGGUCAAGACGGAUCCUUCUAUCAGCAUGAAGAUGCACCUGUACCAACUUGUUGGUCGGGCUGCUCCUUCCGUUAAGAACCCCAAGCCUAAGAUCUUCCGUAUGAAGAUGUUUGCUCGUAACUCUGUUGUUGCCAAGUCCAAGUUCUGGUAUUAUAUGAAGCGUAUUACCAAGGCUAAGUUGACAGGAGGUGAGAUGCUUGGUAUCACUGAGUGCUUUGAGAAGCAUCCUACUACCGUUAACAACUACGAUGUAUCAGAGAUGGCUGGUCGUCAUCGUGCUCUUGCUUCUAAUGUGCAGAUCAUUAAGACUGCUACUUUGAAGAAUGAUGAGUGCCGUCGCUCCCACAUCANNNNCCCCAGUCCCAUACGGGAUGGAUCAUCGAAGUCGAGUACAUGA